GACGCGCACUCGCUCAGCCCCCGUUGCUCUAGGUGAAGCUCAACUCACUCACGAGCUUCAGAAUGAAGCAGGUGUCCAACAUGGCGAACACGAGCAACGGAUCUCUCGCAACUCUCCUCGUUUUUUUCACCAUUUCGGCAGCUAUCCACACAGGAGCUGCUCAGGUCUCAGUCCAAAGCCAGAAUCUCAUAGCGGACAACAUCUCUGUAGUGGAGGGAGAGACUGCCAUCAUAAGCUGUCGAGUCAAAAACAAUGACGACUCCGUCAUUCAGCUCCUCAACCCCAACAGACAGACCAUCUACUUCAGAGAUGUCAGACCCCUGAAGGAUGCUCGAUUCCAGCUGGUCAAUUUCUCAGACAACGAGCUGCGUGUGUCGUUAUCCAACGUGUCUCUCUCAGACGAGGGAAGAUACGUGUGCCAGCUCUAUACAGACCCCCCACAGGAAGCCUACGCCGACAUCACUGUGCUAAUCCCACCAGGAAACCCAAUCAUAGAGUCCCGCGAGGAUAUCGUCAGAGAGGGCAACGAGACAGAGAUAACCUGCACCUCCAUGGGCAGCAAACCCGCUGCAACGAUCAGAUGGAUGAAAGGAAACAAAGAGCUGCAGGGCAAAUCAAAAAUGGAGACCACAUCUGACAGGAUGUUCACUGUGACUAGCUGGCUGAGGUUUACUGUCAUGAGAGAGGAUGAUGGAGUUCCUGUGGUUUGCAUUGUCGACCAUCCAGCUGUCAAGGACUUCCAGACGCAGAAGUACCUGGAAGUACAAUAUAAACCUGAGGUGACGAUCAAGGUGGAGUUUCCGCAGGGCCUGAUUAGAGAGGGCGAGAAUCUGGAACUGAAAUGUCAGGCUAAAGGCAAACCACAGCCUCAUCAGGUGAAUUGGGUGAAGGUGGAUGAUGACGUGCCAUCUCACGCGGUUAUCACCGGCUCAGAUCUCUACAUCGGAAACCUCAACAAGUCUUACAACGGCACUUACCGGUGUGUGGCAUCCAAUUCUGUGGGCGAAACGUACGCUGACUACAUCCUUUAUGUACGCGAUGCCCUUACCACAACCCCUAAACCCACAACCACCACCACCACCACCAUCGCCACAACCUCCCCUCCAGACAUCACACAAGACGCUGCGCCUAGCACUGAAGCCGCAGCUCACGAUUCACAAGCGGACACAGAAGCACAGAGAUUGGAUCAUGCGGUUAUCGGAGGAGUGGUGGCCGUUGUGGUCUUCGCCAUGUUGUGUCUUCUCAUUGUUUUGGGACGAUACUUUGCAAGACACAAAGGCACCUACUUCACACAUGAAGCCAAGGGGGCAGAUGAUGCAGCGGACGCCGACACAGCCAUCAUCAACGCCGAAGGGGGCCACAACAACUCGGACGAGAAGAAAGAGUACUAUAUCUGAGUCCCGAGGCCUCUGUUGUUCUUACUAUUUAGUUUUGUUUUGGGCGGGAUGGGGCGGGGCAUGGGGAAACUGUGGGAGAGUUUUUGUUUAUUUGUUUGAUUUUCUUUCCUGGGGAUUGAAUGAAGUAGAAUGCUAUAUGGGCAGCUGAGAAGAUGUAGGUAUUUGUGUUAUACAAUGGGAUCAGGGUCGGGGGUGGGGUUUGGGGUGGGCAGGAUACCAGACGUUGCCAGAUAUGAGUGUAGAAAGCAUCAACACACAGCACCUCCCCAACUGCUGGUAUUUUUCAUUCAUUUCUUGACCAUUUGCAGAAAAUUCUGUGCCUUGCUCUGAAUUUCUUUUCUUAGUCAUGCUUUAAAAGCCAUCCAUCGUGUCACACCCAAACCCCCCUCCCUGAAAACACACAUACACCACCAUCUCUGACUUCACUAUAUCAGCUUUCCUAUGAAGGUACAUGAGCGCACACCUCAAUACAUUCCCACAUACUGUGGGCAUCUCCAUCAAAACAUCAUGUCCUCUGUACUAAGCAGGCCUAAUCACAUGACAGCAUUUUGAUUUACUCAAGUCAGCAGCAUCAUGAAGGGAAGUACAAGCAGCUUCCUUCCUUCCAGUCCCCCAAUAAGUUGAUGUGACCGGCGGAGAAUUGAUCUUGAACGUUGCACCUGUUUUCAUUCUGACAGGCUGCAUCUGCAUCGCUGCAGAAUGAUUAUAUCUUCGGUUUAAUUCAGUUUUAUUUUUGUUUUUUUAUACUGAAUGUGCCAGUACAUUUGAAGAAUUGCCACCGCUCAGAAUGAGCAUAGGUGCAGACAAACACUUCCUGCUACACUGCACCUUCGGAGGCUUCUCAUCUCGUUCUGCUCAGCUACACACAACCGAAAGCCCUUGCAGGUAUUUAUUGUUUUGGUAUAACGAUGUCUUAGGUUUCCUCGGCAUUUUCAUCCAGAAAUGUUUUCGCACAUGCCAUAAUGACGAAACAGUCGCCGUCACUGAAAAAGGUCUAAAUGCUAUGGCUUAUGUUU